AUGCAUAUAAGAUCUCAAGUCCCCACCCCAGCCAUGAAUAAAAGGGCCAUGGGGGGACCAUCCACUCAACUCCAAGCUCUUGCUAUUGUCUCUCAUAUCAGCAAAAACAGUUUUCACAUUUCAGAGUCCAUGGCCGAUAAAUCUACCAACAGUAUUGAGUUGAAGGUCUUGGCGGACAAGGGGAGUAACAAAGUUAUAUUCAUAGAGCCUGGCAAUGAUUUUGUUGAUGUUCUCUUCAGUUUCAUGACAAUCCCCAUGGGAACAAUUAUCAGGCUUGCACGUAAACAUUCAGAUCCUGUGGCAAUAGGUUGCAUGAACAACUUAUAUGCAAGUGUUGAGAAUUUUGACGAUCAAGAAUUUUGGAUGCAUACAUGUAAAGACAUGUUGCUGCAUCCCCGCAAUGCAGCUGAUUCUCAGUGCAAUGCCCUCAAAUUGAAACUUGACGAUGCUAAGCCAAGACGCUACUUUAUGUGCUGCGGAUCAUGUAACUUCUUAAGUUAUUACAAGAAUAUCCGCUGUCCUUGCACGAGACGAUAUGUUAUGGAUGAGGAGAGGAGUCUUUCAUUCUGUGCUUCUCAAGAUGGAAGUGUCUUUGUGAAAGGACAAACCAGGUUUACAGUUACUGAUGAUUUACAAGUGAUCCCCCCAAGCUCAUCAGCCAAUUCUGUAUUUACUAAGCUUCGUGUCAUGGAUGUGGAUGCCAUGGAGGAGUUGACUAUCAAUAUUGGAACUGUUGAGAUUUUGAAUUUGCUCAUGUGCUCCUUAGUGUCAAAAACACCUUUGACUGAAACCCUGUUGAAGCCUAAACAAGAUCCUAAAUGGAGCAGUACAAUUUUUGAUCAAGCAAUACAUAUUGAAUUGCACAUGUCCGGAGACUUAGUGAAUGAUGAAGAAGAUAAGAUUUCUUUGAAUCUUCUGGUCAGCAAAUCUAAGAAGAUGAUCUGUUACGCAGAAGCAGGGGAGGAUUUUGUUGCAUCAGGCACUUGUACAAAACUAUUCCAGGAUUUGGAUGAGGAAUACAUGAUUUCAGAUCACCACAAGGAAAUGCUACUUGAUCCCAAACUUGUUCCUGGUUUUUGCUAUAAGAACAGUCUUUUAGGAAUUGAGGAGACCUCAUAUUAUAAUUAUUUCUCUUUAAAUAGUUAUACCUUCACUACUGAUAGAUACCUUUUCCCAUCGGAACCAGAUAAACUCAAACUGGUCAGUUCUGAUUCCGUGGAUUUAAGUGCUCAAGGAUUUCUGAAGAGACCCGCGAAGUUUGUAGUAACUGACAAUCUGGUUGUAAGACCAAUAUCUCGGAUCUUGGAGCUGCAAGUUCUUAAAGACUUGAAUGUGCCUGUCACUGACAUUGAGGAUCAAAUUGUGCAUGUGGGCAAGAAGGAGGCUUUGCAUCUUUUGUUGGCUUCUUUUCUUUGCGACUCUGCUCUGACCAAUACCUUCAUUGCGGAUCUUAGGGAGCCAAAGCAAGAACAAUGA